AUGGAAAUACCAAAAUUAAUUUUAAUUAUUUAUUUUAUUAUAUUUUCUAUUUUCACAAUUAUUUUAGCAGAUAGGCGUGCAAUGUUUGAAGAUGAUGGAAAGUUUUUGCCCCACGUUCGUUUAUCUAAAGAUUUAGUUGAGAAAUAUGAUAAUAGAGUUCGUCCUGUAUUAAAUCAUUCAAGGCCAACAUUUGUUAAUUUUACUAUGAGUCUUUAUCAAAUUUUGGCGAUAAAUGAAAAAGUGCAAAGUGUUGAUUUAAAUCUUUGGGUAAUUCAAAAAUGGCAUGAUGAGUUCCUUGGAUGGGAUCCAAAUAAAUAUGGGGGAAUUAAUGACACAAUAUUGCCUCAUGAAAAGAUCUGGUUACCAGAUACUUAUUUAUAUAAUUCUAUGGUUAUGAAUAGAGAAGAAACUGAACGAUACAUUAAUGUUGUUGUUAUUUUUAUGUAUCCAGCAUUAUAUAGAGUUAGUUGUCGAAUUAAUAUAUUAUAUUUUCCAUAUGAUCAACAAAAUUGUACUUUAAUUAUUAGUUCUUGGACUUCAGAUAUUAGCUCAAUUGAUUAUCAACCAGAUGCUAAUUCUGUUAAUUUACAUAGUUUUAUUAGAAACGAAGAAUGGGAAGUUGUUUCUUUUGAAAUUCAGAGAGUUGUGCAAAAAUUUGUUUGUUGUCCAGAGCCUUGGGUUCUUUUGCAUGCAUCCCUUGUUGUUAGGCGUAAACCUCUUUAUUAUAUUGUAAAUUUAGUUUUGCCAACUUCAGUAAUUACUUUAGUUGCCGUUACUGGAUUUUUUACUCCAGCUUCUACAAGCAAUGAAAGACGAGAAAAACUUAGCCUGGGAAUUGAUUCUUUAUUGGCUAUGAGUAUUUUCUACCUUUCAAUUAUUUUAAUUAUUUUUGCUGGCACAUUAAUAACUGCUUUAGUUUUAAAUGUUCAUCUUCAAAAAAUUUAUAAUAGGCCAAUAUCUCCGUUAAUCUCUUUUAUUUUCUUUCACAAAUUGGCUCCAUGGAUGGGUGUUAGGCCCUCUACUGUUCUUUUAGAACUUUGGCAAGAAACUGGUGUAUAUAUUCGAGGACUAAGUGAUAAAUUAUCAACAAGAAAGGAACGUAGACGAACAGCUUUUGGGAGUAAAAGUUUAAGAAACAAAUCUAUUCGAAGUACAAAAGAUGGAAUUAUGUUGAAAAGAUUUUCAACUGGAGGAAAAUUUGGGAAUAAUUCUUUUAAUAAAGAAGAAAGUAAAGGAUUUGAAUUAAAAACUCGUCAAUGGCGCCAUUCUCCGUCAAAAGAUGAUCAACAACAACAAUUCUUUUCUUUAGAUAUUAAUCACAAUAAUGGAUUAACAAUUGAAAAGUCAAUUAAAGCAAGACAAAAUUGGAGAAGAAUUGCCCAAAUGGCUUAUGCUAAACAUAAAGAAUUAAUUGAACGUGGAGGAGAACAACAAAAUAUUUUACUUUUAGAUGAAAUUCCUUAUGCAGAUAUUUCCCCAGGCCGAAAUUCUUUUAUUUUACCUUCCCAACAACAACAACAAUUAGAUUACCUUCAAUUACCAUUAAAUAAUAAUAAUUUAAAUAAAAAAUUAAUUACAAUUUCUUCUCCCCCAAAUAAAUGCCCCCCACCAAUUCCAAAACAAAAUAAAAAAGAAAAUUUAAAUAUUUACCCAACAACCUCCUCAAAUAAUUCUUUACCCAAUUCUUUUCAAUUAUUAUUAAUUCCCCCAAAAAUUGGGGGUGUUGGAGGAGGAAAUGAAACAACAAAAAUUAAUGCUGCAGCAGUUUUAGAUUUAAAACUUCGUAGACGUUUUGCACACGAAUGGGAAUUUUUGGCAACAGUUUUGGAUAGAGUUUUACUUAUUAUAUUUUCUGGGUAA